AUGUCGAAUGAAGGACAAAACUUAUUGAGUAUUCCUAAGUUCGAUGGUGAUUACGGUCACUGGAGUAUGCUGAUGGAGAAUUUACUUUGUUCCAAGGAGUGGUGGCAUCUCAUUGAUCCAGGAUAUGUCAAGUUGGGCGCAGAUGCAAUGGAAAGUGAUGCGGAGAAAAAGGAAAGAGCAGAUCUGAAACUAAAAGAUCUGAAAGUCAAAAAUUAUCUAUUCGCAACCAUAGAUAAGAGCAUUCUGAAGACAAUCCUACAGAAAGAUACAUCUGCACAACUUUGGGAAUCAAUGAGAAGGAAAUAUCAAGGAAGUGAGAGGGUACAAAGAGCCCAAUUGCAAGCUCUCAGAAGAGAAUUUGAAAUCCUGGAAAUGAAAGAAGGAGAAACCAUUGUCGAAUAUUUCUUAAGAGUCAUGACGGUGGCAAACAACAUGCGCAACAAUGGUAAGGCAAUGCAAGACAUUCAAAUUGUGGAGAAAAUUCUACGGACUCUAACCAAGAGGUUCAAUUACAUAGUUGAUGAACUUCAAAGUUCACUCAUUGUCCAUGAACAGAAGUUCCGAAGAAGGAUCGAUGAAGAAGAGCAUGUGCUUAAAGUGACUCAAGAGGAGAGAAGCGGAAGAGGAAGAGGAAAAAACACGUUUGGAGGAUAUCGAGGACGGGGACGAGGGAAACCACCACCAGCUUACAAAGCAGCAAUAGAGUGCUUCAAGUGUCACAAAAAAGGACACUUCCAGUACGAAUGUCCAGAUUAG